UUAGAUCCAAAUUGAAUCCAACUGAAACGUUUGAAACAGUUGUGGCCGGUUUGGAACGGAACGAUGACCAAACCUCCCCGUGGAAAAUUAUUCUACAUACCGCAACGUCCGUACAUGACUCUGGGCACGCUCAGGGAUCAAAUCAUUUAUCCCCACACGAAGGAGGAAAUGACGAGACGCGGCAAGAUGACGGACCACGAUCUCAAGUAUCUAUUGGAUCUGGUUCAACUGGGUCACUUACUGGACAGGGAAGGUUCCGCGAACGUCGUGGGUCAAGGGUGGGACGUUGUCGCCGAUUGGAUGGAUGUCCUGUCCGGCGGUGAAAAACAACGUAUCGCGAUGGCCCGGCUGUUCUAUCAUAAGCCGCAGUUCGCAAUUCUGGACGAGUGCACGAGCGCGGUCAGCGUCGACGUCGAGGACUCGAUGUACUCUUACUGCAGGCAGGAGAAUAUCACUUUGUUCACGGUCUCGCAUCGCCGGACGCUCUGGAAGCACCACGAGUAUUUCCUGCAAAUGGACGGCCGAGGAGGUUACGAGUUCAAGCCCAUCGAGCAGGACACCGAGGAGUUCGGGUCGUGAAUCUUCGUGUCCCUUGCAUCCGAUAACACUUGCCCGCGUGCAAGGGACGCCCCGCAUUUCCUGUAACCUAACGGCCGAACAGAAAACAAAAAACGAAAUAUAAAGUUCAGUGUGCAAUUUCUACUUGUAACAAACGGAUAUAACAAGUGUACACCCGGCAUCGUCGACCCUGCACAGAAGAUUCACGAGUAUUGUGUACAUUUACCCCGUUUCAAACGUAGCACAUAAUACCUGUAUAUUUUUUAUAUCAAUGUUUUUAGAAGGUAUCGCGCGAACGCCGACGCUCGGGCACGUAGGCCUUGUGAACUGUUAGUAAAUCUUCAAUGUUUAAUUGUAUAAAUAUAUUAUGUUCUUCCGAUGCUGUCAAGAUGGUAAAUAUAGGAGUACAAUCCUUUCGAGUGGAAGGCCAAUCUACCAUUUCAAUUCAGACCAACGUAUUUUUGAUACUCGAACGAUUUCACCAUUAUUAUUCCGGUAGAGACUCGUGCAGAGAGAACUAUAUAGGGAAUGUUAAAUGUACGUUACACGAGGUACAUGCAGCAAUUUAAUACUAAUGUCUAUGUAUAUACAUGUAUACGAGGAGAAUAGAGUUUCUAGCUCGAACCGACAUUUUAUGUACUUUAAGGGUGCAAUUGCGAUUCGUUAUGUGUAGAUCACAUUCAGCCCAACACGGUCGAGAAUAUAAAUAUAUCUAUAUAUAUAUAUAUAUAGAUAUAGAUAUAGAUAUAUACGACAAGAAUAUACGUAUAUAUACGUAUAUAUAUAUAUAUGCACAUUAUAUAUAUUGGAUUGCUGGACAAUAAAAAUAAAAAUAUAUAAUGAAAUAAACGACUAAAGUUGAAGCUAUCUUUCGGUCUCCACUCUGAACAUACCGAACAACACGUACUUAUCGUCGCAGGUGUUUCAUGUAACCUUCAGCGAACGAGAAUUUAAAUAUAUAAUCUAAGAUAAUAAUAUCAAUAAA